ACCAAUGAGAGCUCUGCUUGGCGCGCCUUUCAAAGCAGCGGCCAUUUUGUACAAAAAUGUGUGAGAAUUUGGUUGUCUGAAUUCCUUUGUUUUACUCAUCAGUGGGAUGAGCUUGUUGUUAUGAGUCUAACAAAUUUCUAUUCUAUGACGAAAAGAACGCAUACGCGACGUCAAAAGACGCCCAAGUCCCGCAGAAAACGGUCGGCGAUCGAUGGUGACAGGUCUCCCCUGCACCCCCGGUCUCCAGGCGACAUGUUGGGAAGCCAGGUCAUGGCGCUGUCUCAGAGUGAGUCUGAACCUGAGGUGAGAUGGGACAACAACUCCCCCUCCCCACGGCGCAUCAUGCAACUCACACGACUAAAGCCAAAUGGACCAGGUGCAGACUUGUCAGACAUCGUGAAGAGGCUGGCAUGUGGGGAUGAUGAGAUCUCCCCCUCCCCACCUCUGCUGGGACUGUGGAUGGACAAAACUGGACCCAGCUGUGUCCAGAGGCAGAUAGUCAGCCCUGUAAGGCCUCCUGUCAGAAAAACAAGGAGGAGACGUGUGGGAGGGCUGACAGCGGAGGCAGAGCAGGAGCUGCGCAGGUUGGCUGCAGGGCUGAACAACCCGGUCAGGAACAGAUAUGAAAAUGGCGACAAGGAGGAACCACCAAAGCCAUCUGCGUCCUGUAGCACAGCAGACGGUGUCCCCAUGUCACAGAGGAUCUCCCAGCAUUCUUCUGAAGGAGGCGACAUCCCAGAGUCCUUCACUCUGUUUGACGAGCCCACCCAGCACACAGACACCUCCAGCCAGAGAUCGGAGACCAGGCUGUCCCCGGCUUCAACAAAAGUUACAGAAAUGGAUAAGGACGUAGAGCAAAGCGAUGCUAACACAGAAGACAGCCUGCUUGCGCUCUGGGAGGAUGACGACCUUUUCGAAAACGACUCCUUUGUCAGAAUUGCCACCCAGUUUCCCACCGGUGCAGAGCCGGAUUUCAAGAGCCCGCCCCGGUCAAGCAAGAGGAAGAGCCUGGCAACAAGUACUCCACUACCUACCAAACAUGCUAGGUAUGACACUGCUGCAAGAGAGACGUCACAAGCCGCAAUAGGACAAGAAAGGAGGUCUGCAGGGAAAAGUUCAUUGAUGGAGGAAGGUGGGAAAAAGCAUCAUUUCGCUGCACAGAUAAAGGACAUACCUGUUAGUGGGAAAAACGUAUACCCACAAAGUCAGAGAGUACAACAUGGUUGUAUUACAGGAAUGACUCUGCUAAAGGAAAAGGCAAAUGAGGAAAAGUGUGAAAGUUCUGGGCACAGAGGAAUGGGAUCAUACAGAGGACCAUCACAAGGACAGGACAACAACAAAACAUCCAUGGUUACAAGGUCUAACACACACAGAUUUAGAAAGCCGACACAAGUAAACCAAAACAACAAGCCAUACAUGGACUCAUCUGGCAAGUAUAACUUCAAACCGUCACAGAGGCCUAGUACUAGUGGUACGAAUGUGGAAGGUAAAGCACCAGGUAGACUGUACAAUAGCCAUAAUUGGAGCACCACAAGUGGUAGCUGUAACCUUGCAACAAAGAAUAUUGCACAUACUGUAUCCAGACAAGCUGUGAAGGUCCCUGCCAGUACACCAACAAGUGUAGUGAAAGAGGUGGUUUCAAAAGACACUGAACUACUAGUACAUGUAUGUGACACCAGCAUUCCGGAUGAUGUCCUGCUAUCCCUAGCAGAGCCAGAUGACUUUUUUGACACGUCAGGUACACUCAGUCCAUCCAGUACCUUCCCAACACAGAUCCUGCCAUCUCCCAAGACAGCACCAGUGGCACCUCCGCCCAAGAGGUCUGACCUUUUGACAAACAAGGGGAUCACACAGAACACUACUGCCAUUACCACAUCAUCCUCUGGAACCCAGAACAAGCAUCAUUUUACCAAGCUGCAACCAGCAGUGACAACCCAGGCAACCUGUACCAAUGCCAAUACCACAACCACUAGUGCGCCAAGACACACUGAAAGGUCCAGGAGUACCUUUACAAGCAACACCACCUCAACGUCAGAUAGAACUGCACAUGCAAGCUUGAGUAAGAGAUCUGUUAGCAUACAUGUAGCAGCCACAGUGCCCUCAGCAUCGACAUCAGUGUCAAACGGAACAACAUACCCAAGUGUGGGUAGGAAAGCCAUGAAUGUGACAAGCACAGUGGCUUCAUCAAAAUCAUUCAGCUCCAAGGUGCAAUCGAAGCCAUACAUGCAGACAAGAGCAGUGUCUGCUACAGUUACAGGGUCCGUCCAAGGAACCUCACGGCCACAGAGGGGGCGAAGCAUCAGUGAAUGUGAGAAGUCGGUGCAGGAUGGAGGUGGGCAGAAGGAUGACUUCCCUUCAGGUGAUGAUGAUGAUCUGCUCCUGCAAGCUGUGCUGUCACAGGAGGGACUGCAAGAUGGAGCCAGACCCCUCCCACCCGUGGCGGAGGACCCUCCCACCCAGUGCUCACCUGAAGAGAUUGAGCGUAAGAAGCAGCAGGCCCUGGAGCGACGGAAGAAGAAGCUUCAGCUGGGGACACAGGUCCAGCCUCCCAGGAGGAACCCGGCCUCCAGCAGGCUACAGAGGAGUAAGAGCUGUAACGUUCUGACAAGCCGUGGUGGUGCCCAGAAUACAAGCAGGAAUGGCCCUUCAAUGUCACAGAGGAACACUAGAAGAUAGGCACAGAAUGUUACGGAUAUGUAUUGUGGAACAGCAGAAAGGGGUUAUAAUCCUAUUGGGAUUGUAACUUGUGCCCAGUAUCUCAUGGAGAAUGCAAAGAGGUACAUAUGCCAUUGCAACAUUUAAAAAAAGACAGAGAACACAACAAGGCUAUGGGUUAAGAUAGCCAUGCCAUAAGUCUGUUCUCAGCUUAUGUUGGAAGAACUCAGUGUACAUUUCACUUUUCUAACUCUUCCAAGCUUUUACACUUAUGGUACAAGGACUACUGCUCUCCAACAAAGUUGAAUUUUAGCCUAGCUUCAGAAAAAAUAAACGAUCAGACACACAUUCGCAAUUGUGCAAAAUGAUUAUUUAUUGCAAUCCUCAAUUUGAGUAUGUUAUUCAACACUGUUGGUCAAUAGUCUAAAUAUGCCUCGUUAUAACAUGUUCUGUAUAGUUCUGUAUUCUACACAGGAAUCAGGGCAGAUAUGGAAUAAGGUAAUUGCAAUACCCAGUAUUUGAUCAAACUGUUGCCGUAGACAUAAUUGAGCAAUAAGAUGAUGAGGUCAUUUUAUCCUUUGGCGUCCUAAUGAAUUACAUCAAUUUACAAUGAGAAAAAAGUGUGAGAUGAUGUACCUACUGUAUGUUGUACUGGUUGUCUGAAGAAGACAAUGAAAUACUAGUAGUCUUACUGUGUUUGUUUUAAUUUGCCAGUUUUCUGUAAACCAUUUACAGUUUCAAUUUAUUUUCAUCGAAAUAGCCUUAAGCGAAGACAAGUAUACUAGUAGUUAAUUUCUUGCAGACUGUAGAGUUAUGGACUUAUGGUGUCCUCUUUCAUUUGAAAAAGUGCUUUAUAUGCUUGCUAUCUGUUCCCUAACCAUACUCUUAUUGGUACUACAUGUAGAUGCUCAUUAUGUAAAGAGUUUUAUUGUCAGCUUGUAGCAAAAUGGGAUUUGGAUGAGUGAUGCAAGGAAAGAAAACAUUUUCAUGGCUCUUGAAUGUCAGUGAUCAGUAUGGAUAGGAAGCUGAGUUUCCUAAUUUUGCAAGAUGAAGAGUUUAUUUCACUUUUUUCUGUCCAAAUGAUAGGCUGUGUAUAUUGAAUGUAAUCUUUAGUACAUUUCUUUAUGUUGUACCUCACUCCCUUACACAUGUACUGUCUGUGUAGUAGAGUGUACAAAAUGAAAUGUACAAUAAUGUUGCUCUAGGUAGUAGUGAUGGUAUUAUAUAUAUAUAUAUUGUCAAGUCAAUGCAAUAAACAUCAUGAACCAAG